AUGGGAGUGCCGGCAUUCUACCGCUGGCUGAGCACCAGAUACCCCAAGGUGGUGAAGGAUUGCGUUGAGGAGGAGGUGCAGACCAUCGGAGAUGUGGAGGUCCCGGUGGACACGUCGCAGCCCAACCCAAACGGCAUGGAGUUUGACAACCUGUACCUCGACAUGAAUGGCAUCAUCCAUCCCUGCUUCCACCCCGAGGACAAGCCUGCGCCCACCACAGAGAACGAGGUGUUCCUGGCGAUAUUUGACUACAUCGACCGCAUCUUUGCCAUCAUCCGCCCUCGCAAGCUCCUCUACAUGGCCAUUGACGGCGUCGCCCCCCGUGCCAAGAUGAACCAGCAGCGCUCGCGGCGCUUUCGGGCCGCCCAGGACGCGGAGGAGAAGGCGCGGGAGGAGGAGAAGCUGCGCGAGGAGUUUGCCAAGCAGGGCAUCAACAUCCCCGCCCGCGACGAGUCGUCGGUGUUCGACAGCAACACCAUCACCCCCGGCACCCCCUUCAUGCACCGCCUGUCGGUGGCACUGCAAUACUAUGUGCACCUGCGCCUGAACUCCGACCCGGGCUGGCGCGGGGUCAAAGUGCUGCUGUCGGACGCCAACGCGCCGGGGGAGGGCGAGCACAAGGUGAUGACCUACAUCCGGGAGCAGCGUGCCACGCCCGGCCACGACCCCACCACCCGCCACUGCAUGUACGGCCUGGACGCGGACCUCAUCAUGCUGGCACUGGCCACCCACGAGCCGCGCUUCGUGCUGCUGCGGGAGCGGGAGGAAGCGGCGCGCAAGCCCUUCCAGUUCCUGCUGGUCUCCGCGCUGCGGGAGUACCUGGCGCUGGACCUGGGCGUCCCCACGCCCUGGCCGCUGGACCGCGAGCGCCUGUACGACGACUUCGUCUUCAUGUGCUUCUUCGUGGGCAAUGAUUUCCUGCCCCACAUGCCCACCCUGGAGAUCCGGGAGGGCGCCAUCGAGCUGCUGCUGGCCACCUACAAGCAGACGCUGGCGGCCACGGGGCACCUGGUGGACGGCGCGCAUGUCUUCCUGGACCGGGUGGAGGCCUUCAUCCAGGAGGUCGGCAAGGCGGAGGACGCCAUCUUCCAGCGCCGGGCGCGCAUGCUGAAUCGGCAGAAGGAGCGGAGGAAGGCAGAGAAGCACAGCAAGUGGGGGACCCGAGCCCCUGCCCGCUCCGUGGCGGACGCCGCGCAGGCCAUCGCCAAGGAGCUGUCCUCCACCAGCAGGCUGUCGGCCGCCCUGCGCACGCCCGCCGCGCCCUUCUCCCUCGCCCCGCCGGCGACAAACGGCGCCGCCGCGGCACCUCCACCCGAUGCCAAGGAGGCCGCAGGGGGCCCGGCGGCCAGCGCCCAGCCGGCCAGCAACAAGGGCGCGGCUGCGGCGCUCAGGGCGCGCAUUGCCGGCGCGGGGCAGAAGCGGGAGCGUGCUCCCACCGGCAUCCCCGGUCUGGACCCGGGAGGGGAGGAGGAGGGGGAGCCCGAGGCGGCAGUGGAUGAUGGGCAGGGUGGUGUCGGGGGUGAUGGGGAGACCGGCGCCGUCGACGAGAAGGCAGUCGUCACCGAUGUCAAAGAGGAGGAGGCCGGCGCUGGCGCCAAGGAGGAGGCGGGCGCGUCGCCCGCGGCACAGCAGGACGCCCCCGACAGCAAGCGCGCCAAGCUGGGCGACGGAGAGGCGCAGAGAGAGGGAGGCGCAGAGAUCGCCCCCUCCGGCCCAGACCCGGCCGAGUUCUGGGGCUCGCUGGCAGGGAGGACGGGGGUCGGCAUGGACUCCAAGAGAGACACGCAGGGCUUGGCAGAGACCGCGGAUGAUGACGACGAGCUGGAGGCGGAGGAGACCUUGAAUGAGCUGGUUGGCGAUGUCGCCGUGAAGGGGCGCAUCCGGCUGGGGGAGGAGGGCUGGAAGUGGCGGUACUACGAGGACAAGUUUGGCGUGAAGAGCGAUGAGGAGCUGGCGGCCGUGACCCGCUCCCUGGUCUCCGCCUUCGUGGAGGGCUUGUGCUGGGUCAUGCGCUAUUACUACGACGGCGUGGCCUCCUGGACUUGGUACUACCCGCACCACUACGCGCCCUUCGCCUCCGACAUGGUCGACCUGGCGGGGCUGGAGGUGGCCUUCGACCUGGGCGAGCCCUUCAAGCCCUUCGACCAGCUCAUGGGCGUGCUGCCCGCGGCCAGCGCCCCCGCCCUCCCCGCCCCCUUCCGCCCCCUGUUCACGGCCGCCGACUCCCCCAUCCUGGACUUCUACCCACGCGACUUCAAGGUGGACAUGAACGGCAAGCGCUUCGCCUGGCAGGGCGUGGCGCUGCUGCCCUUCAUCGACGAGGCGCGGCUGCUGGCCAGCACGCGCCCGCUGGAGGGCGCGCUGACGCCGGAGGAGGCCUUCCGCAACUCGCGCCGUCUGGAGCAGGUGUACGUCGCCGGGGCCCACCCGCUGGCGCCCGAGCUGCUGAGCCAGGGCAUGGGCGGCGAGGUGUUGGCCCCCGGGGGCGAGGCCUGCCCUGCGGUCCUGCCCGCGCCCUUUGGUCUGGGGCCCGAUGUCUCGCCCAACGCGGUGGUCUGCGCUGCAUACCGCCUGCCCCCGCACGCUAAGCAUGUCUGCGCGCUACUGCCGGGGGCCGUGGAGGAGGAGCCCAUCGUCACGGCUGAGGACCUGCAGGCCGACAAGCCGCUGCCCCCGCCCCAGGCCCCUGCGCCAUACGACCGCAACAACCCAUAUUCUGCGCUGCAGAGGCGGCGCUGA